ACAAAUACAGACACAAACAUACUACAAUUUUUUAGCUCACCUAAACUCCAUUUGCAUUUUCUUGAUAACUCUAAAAUGGCCACCGUCACAACGCAAGCCUCUGCCACCGUCUUCGGGCCAUCCGCCUCCAAGACAAGGUUCCUCAGUGGAUCAUCUGGUAAACUAAACAGAGAGGUGUCUUUUAAACCAUCAAUUUUGCCUUACAACUCAUUCAAAGUUGAAGCCAAGAAAGGUGAAUGGCUUCCGGGCUUGACCUCUCCUACUUACCUUAAUGGCAGUCUCGCUGGUGACAAUGGUUUUGAUCCAUUGGGACUUGCUGAGGACCCGGAGAACUUGAAAUGGUUCGUCCAGGCCGAGCUUGUGAACGGUCGAUGGGCUAUGUUGGGUGUUGCUGGUAUGCUACUGCCUGAGGUUUUCACUAAUGCUGGACUCCUCAACGUACCUAAAUGGUACGAUGCUGGGAAAUCUGAGUACUUUGCUUCAUCAUCGACGCUGUUUGUGAUCGAGUUCAUAUUGUUCCACUACGUUGAAAUUCGACGUUGGCAAGACAUUAAGAACCCUGGAAGUGUGAACCAGGAUCCUAUUUUCAAGAGCUACAGCUUGCCUCCUAAUGAAGUUGGUUACCCUGGUGGUAUUUUCAACCCACUCAACUUUGCACCCACAUUGGAGGCCAAGGAGAAGGAAAUUGCUAAUGGGAGAUUGGCAAUGUUGGCAUUUUUGGGAUUUAUAGUGCAGCACAAUGUAACGGGAAAGGGACCAUUUGACAACUUGUUGCAGCACCUCUCAGACCCAUGGCACAACACCAUUAUCCAAACAUUUUCCAACUAGAAAACUAACCUGAUUGACAUUGGAGAGAAUAUAUUGUUAAUUACCUUGUAAUCAUGAGUUAGUAUUAUUUUUUUUAUGAACACGAAAAACAGAGAGAUUUAUUGUGAACAAUGGAACUCUACUGUACAGAGCAACUAGAAUUGCAUUUCUCAUUCAUAUAUCGUAGUACCAUCAUAUUUCUCAAAA